AUGAGACGAUCCGGAGGAAACCCAAACGCGCCACCCUCGGCUCUUACAGUAGGUAUAAUACCACAACAAUCUGCUUCCUCUUCGUCUACAUCAUCACCGAUGGGAACAGAGCCAGUAUCUUUUGCUAAGACACAACAAAUGAUAAUUGCCCAUAAACUGAAUGGAAGCAAUUACUUACAGUGGUCUCAAAGUGUUCUCAUGUAUUUGAGAGGAAGAAGGAAGGAAGAAUACAUCACGGGAGAAGCCCCACAGCUAAAACCUGGUGACAGUAAUUAUAAUACAUGGUUUGCUGAGAACAACCUUGUAAUGACUUGGCUGUGUAACUCGAUGACCGUAGAGAUUAGUGAAGGCUACCUACUUGCUAAGACAGCAAAGGAGAUAUGGGACGCAGCAAGAAGAACCUAUUCUGCCAUAGACAACACUGCAGCACUAUUUCAUAUCAAGAGACUACAAAGAGAGCUAAAACAGGGUUCUAUGACUGUAACUCAGUAUUAUACUGCCCUUACGCGCCUGUGGCAGCAGCUGGAUAUGUUUGAUAUCCAUGAAUGGAGUUGCAGUGGUGAUGCUCAAUUAUACAGAAAAAUAGUUGAGAAAGAAAGGACCUAUGAAUUUUUGCUCGGCCUUAUAGAUGCAUUUGAAGACGUGAGAGGAAGAAUCAUGGGAUUAAAGCCGCUGCCAUCGUUAUUUGAAGCAUUCAACAUGGUAAAAUGUGAAGAGAGCAGGAAGCAACUCAGAAUAUAUUUACACCAUCAGAAAACUCUGCCUUGA